ACUUCCCAUCCGUGCUCAACUACUGGCGACAGAUUGAAGAGAGAACUUGGGUGCUGCUGCCCUAGUCAUCGGGAAUCACUACACCGUCUACAUACAGUCCAGCGGCCCAGGUUAAUUCAUGGCGAACAUGAAAUCUGUCUCACACCUCGAUGUAAUUGAGCAAAUGAGUAAAGAUAAACAACGUCCUGUGGAAGUGGAUGAGGCCUUUUUAGUCACUCGCCAGCGUAAGGAUGGAGCUUGGGUCGAUUCACGUUCUAUGGAAACAUAUAAUACAUAUCAAAAGAAAUUAAAGGAGAUUGCUGAAAGUGAAGAUGGUUCUACAAAUGGCACAAGUGAUAUCAACAGCCGUAAGAAAUUAGCAAUCUGGCAAGAGACCGUUGGGGGAAAGAGCAAAGGAAAAGUCUAUGGGACGGCUGAUUUGUCGUCAAAUUUUACGCGUGAAGGAGCAACAAUAUUCUACACUACUCAAGAGUGUUGUGAUGAUGAACUCAGCACUCAUGAUGUUCGAUUACAAAAAGAGAUUGAAGAGUUGCGUCAUGCUCAAGAAGCAGAACGUUUAGCUCAUGAGGAGGAGCGUCGUGCACAAGAAGAAAAAAUUGCAGAGAUGGAGAAGUCAAUGGAGCUGAUAGUGUCACGUCUUGCAGCUAUUGAGGGUGCAAAAAACUCAAAAAAAAGAAGCGUCCUCAUCUUCAUUCUGACGAGAGUGCUCAUGGCUUUCAAGGUUCGAAACGGCGUUCAUCUUUAUAAGGCGCAAAAUAUUUAUUCUCACUCUUAAUGAAAUGUUUUGACAUUAAACUUAUGCUUUGGAAUACCUUCUAUAAGCUUUCAAUUGUUCGUAUUACUCUAGUAUGGAUCAUGAAAUUAAAGUAUUAGUGAUUUUUAUGAAUUUUUUGCGAUGAAUGACAUUAAAGUCUCUAUUAUGUUUAUGUUGUAUAUAUUAAAAUAUGUUUAAACUUCCCUCCCUUUCAAUAUGAAUGUUUUUGUUUAUAAGAAAUUUUUUAUUAAAAUAAAUAAAUAAAUUGUGUGGGU